AUGGUGCCCAUAUUCAACGAAUGUUCGAAGAUCUGUACUGCAAUCAUUGAUCAAUACGCACUAGAUGGCAGACCAGCACCUAUAAAAGAUAUCAUUACUCGCCUAACGCUUGACAUGACGGCGAAAUGUGCUUUCGGGUACGAUUUUGAUGUACAACACAAUUUAACGUCACCUUUCUUGGAAUUCGCUCGAAAAUUCUCUGAGGUUGAUCUCCGCUCUCCAGAAGUCGCUCUUAUCAUCUUGUUUCCUAACAUCUGUGCAGCAUUCCAAAGGAUCACUGGUAUUUCCAUUCUCAAUCAUGCCGCUAACAAAUUCUUCCUCGAUGUAUUGGAAAGGCUGUUCGACGACAGGAAGAAAGGAAAUCAGUUGAAGUACAACGACUUCUUCCAAAUCCUGUUGAACUCACUUGUUGAGGAUAACCAUAACAAGCCAAAUGAGGACGAAACUGAGUCUGAGCUGCCAAACUCUGCUAGGUGUCUCAGUAAAGGCGACAUUCUUGGCCAGGCAUUCAUGUUUGUUCUGGCUGGGUUUGAGACCACUCCGGCAGCACUUCAUCUCACCGUCUACAUGCUUGCUGUUCACCGAGUUUUUCAAAAACGGUGUCGCGAGGAAAUAGAGCGGGUUUGUGGAAAGAAGGAUGAUAUUUCUUAUGAGAUGCUGAGCGAAAUGAAAUAUAUGGAGCAGUGCAUAUCGGAAACACUACGCAUGUAUCCACCAGUUGUCAGGACGAACCGUUUAUGCACCAAAAACGUCACAGUGAAAGGAAUCGAGAUGAAGGAAGGUUGUGUGUUUACAAUCCCUAUAAGAGCGAUUCACUACAACGAAGACUUCUAUCCAUCCCCGAACGACUUCGAUCCAGAGAGGUCUGUAGCAGAGCCAGUGAGAACUCCACUGACCGAUACAGUUAAUUGCUGUUACAGGUGGUCUAGCUCUAAUCGUUCCAAUCGAGAUCCACUGACAUACUUGCCAUUCGGUUACGGCCCAAGAAAUUGCAUUGGAAUGCGUGUCGCUCAGAUGCAAAUGAAGAUGGCCUUAGCUCACAUACUGAGGACCUUUGAAAUGCGACCAGGAGAAAAGAUUGACUUACCAUUGCAAAUUGAUUCUGUUGGAAGCAUGCGUACCGUUGAAGAUUUGAGUGUGAUUUUCACGAAGCUUUAG